AUACAGAUAAAUGCAAAUACAAAUAUUAACAAAUAAUAUUAAUAAACAUAAAGAUUAAAAAAUAAUUAUAAAUAUAAUGAUGAAUUAAGAUGAAUAAGUCUAAAUAUAAAUAAAGAUGAAUAUUAAUAAAUAUGAAUAAGUGACUGAACAGCAGCGAUCAGAAAUCUGCUUUCAACAGUAAAAUGUUCAGGUUUAUUUUGUUCACAGGUUUUAUUUUGAAAUAAAUCAGUCUCUUCCGGUGUGACGUUACCGUGAUGCAGCUGGUAGAGUUCAGAACUAGAGAACCAGAAUCCCCACAAUGCACCGCAGCCCAUCCCCACCAGUCCCCACAGCUCCCAGUGGAACCAGUUUGUGUUACGGUGAUGAACUGGUUAAUUAAUGCCGCUGAUGCCUUUAGGGACUGCAGGAAAUAUCUUUUCUGGACCGGUUAUACCGUAAAAACAUGCAGAUUUUUACACAUUUAUCAGGUUCUAGGGUUCUAUUAGACUAAAGCUGUGGUUCUGCUUUAGUCUAAUAGAACACUUCAGGGGUUCUCCGUCUUAUUUUGACUCUUUAAUGUUUUCAUUUGUGUCUCUUUAGUUUCACUUUUUAUCACUGAACGCUUCAGGGUUUAAUUCUAGUUUAACUUUUAGAACCAACGGAAUGAAAUCAGUUUAUUUAGAACCUGUUGUUUUAAUGUUCUCCUCUCCCAGUGGACAUGAAGGCAGCACUGAAGCUGUAAGAUCCGAGCCGCUGGUGUGUCCGUGAAGGCGUCAGAAGGCGGGAACAGUUUUCAGGAAGAAGAUUCACGAGCUUCAGGUUGUUGUUAUUGAUCUGGUCACUUUUUUAGUCUCCACUGAUUUACCUGGGCUCACCUGGAAGAACCCGGAAACACCUGGAAGAACACCUGGACACACCUGCAGCCGCUUCCUGCCGUCUAGCAGGAGACAUGACGGUUUAACGGAGGAUCUACCGGCAGUUUCAGGUUCUUCAGAGGAGGUCCUUACUUGCAGCAGGUGUGUCUACAGGUGAGAUCAUGGCCAUCGCCCACGUGGCAACCGAGUAUGUGUUCAGCGACUUCCUGCUGAAGGAGCCCAACCAGGUCCGGUACCGCAGCGUCCGGACCGAGCUCGCUGUCGACAAGAUGGUGACCUGCGUGGCCGUCGGGCUGCCGCUGCUGCUCAUCUCCCUGGCCUUCGCCCAGGAGGUCUCAGUGGGAACUCAGAUCAGCUGCUUUGCUCCAACUAACUUCUCUUGGAGACAGGCGGCCUACGUGGAUUCAUUCUGCUGGGCUGAUGUCCACACCAACGAGCUGCCUCUGUGGCUGCACAAGUUCUUCCCCUACAUGCUGCUGCUGGUGUCGGUUCUCAUGUACGCUCCAGCUCUGUUCUGGAGGUUCUCUGCUGCUCCUCUUCUUCAGUCUGAUCUGGGCUUCAUCAUGGAGGAGUUAGACCGAAGCUACAACCGAGCCGUGACGCUGGCUAAACGCCUGGCCCUGAGCCCCGACAGUGACCCUACGGAGGGCUUCAACUACCCCCUGGUGGAGAAGUUCCUGACGACGAAGCGCUGCUCCCGUUCUCUGCUGCUCUUCUACCUGCUGUGUCGCGGUCUGACUCUGGUCACUCUGGUCCUCACCUGCACCUACCUGAGUUUCUACCUGCGCCUGGCUUCCAAUGAUGCGUUCCAGUGCUCACUGAGAGUCGGACUUCUGACGGCCGACCCCGGAGUACCUGAACAGGUGCAGUGCAAGCUGAUCGCCGUGGGAGUGUUCUCUCUGCUCAGCCUGGUGAACCUGGUUGUGUUCAUCUCGUUGGUUCCGGUCGUGAUCUUCGCCGCCCUCCGUCCUCUCCUCUGCCACGGUUACGCUCGCUUCCUGGAAACCUACCAAUCACUGCCCACCGUCAGCGUGCUGCCGAUGCCUGGCAGCCAAUGGGACGACCUCUCUCUGUACCUGCUGUUCCUGGAGGAGAACAUCAGCGAGCUCAAGUCCUACAAAUACAUCAAGGUUCUGGAGCUGCUGAGGAGGAAAGGUGGAUGUUCUGAGGAGAACUUUGACUCCAUGGGUCUCCUGCAGACUCUCUACACGGUGAAGCUGGACGGAGUAGAUGGGAAGAAAACAUCUGGAGGGAAACCAGAUCCAGCUGCCCAUGCAGGAAACAGCAGCCGAGGGACGGACAGCAGGACAGGAACCGAGAUGAAAGAGUUCACUCCACUGCUGACAGGAAGUAGUGAUGUCACUGGAGGCGGAGCCAGUGAGGGGGGAGCCACCCGGCAGUGAGCGAUGUGAUUGGCUGAGGUCUUUGAGCAAUGUGAUUGGCCGAGGUCUUGGAGUGAUGUGAUUGGCUGAGGUCUUCCUGAGGAACAUUUUCCUGAAUGCCGACGAGUCGACUGAAAGUUUCCGAUCCUUUUUAAGACGUUAAAACGCUGCAGUUUUAAAAGCGAGUAUUUGUUUACAGAGAUGUUGAUCAAUCAGAGUUAUUGAUCGUUUAUCGGUUUCUUCUGACUGUAGUCAAACUAAACAUUCUGAUGAAUAGAACCGUAGAACAGACGAGGAGUUUUCAUCAAACCUCCAUCAGUUCUCCUCAGUCUGCUGCUUCUGAGGAACUUUUCUCCACAUCUGGUUGAUUUUUACAUAAAAUGACCCGUUUGUUUUUGUGUCUUUUUGUGGAUUGAGGCCUGAUUAUUAGCGUAGAAUAUUAAGUUUGGUGCUGCCUGAACCUUUGGGAUCUUUAUUUUGGAACCAGAGUUCCUUUAAAUCCACGUUCUGUUGGUCUGUGUCCAUUUGCACUGAUUCUGUGGAGUUUAAUGAGAUUAUUGGAUUUCAGGAAGAGAAGCUACAACAUGGAGCUGGAUGUUUCUCAUCUUCUGGACCUUUAGAACCCUGUUCAGAUCUGUUCAUCUGUGUUUAUUAAACGUUACAGAGUGGAACCAGACCAUCUAAAAGGUUUAUUUUAAAUCUCAGGGAUGAAACUUUUCACAUCUUCUCUUUAUAUUCGUGUUUUUACAAAUGUCAGUGUUUUUCUCUGAGUGUUUGAGAUGAACUUUGUUGUGUUGCUGGAUUUGUUUGUUCAUUAUUUCUGUUGUAGCUUUAAAUAAAUGUACUUGGAGUU